AUGUCAGAAUUUUCUUUUCUCAGGCGCAAACACUCGUGCUUCGACGAGAGAGCGAUGGAGGACUUCGACGAUCGAACAAAGAAAAUAUUGGACGCGGCAAAUUCGCGCCGCUUUGAAUUAGAAAAGGAGAAUGCACAAACAUCGUUUAUGAAAAGUUCACCAAAAACUCCAUUUGAAACAUCACCGAGAAAAGUUUUUUCUGAGAGUCAGCCAGAUUCAUCACCAGGAGUUUAUAGAUCCAAGUUUGCGGCACUGGCAGCAGCUGAUGAGGAAUUUGUUUAUGAGCCGCCUUGUCUAACUGGAAAGGAAGACAGAAAGGGUCCCUUGCUAGUCGGAGUGGAGGAAUCGCCUUUUCCUAUCGAGCUAUUCAGGCCAAAAUGCCACUAUCUUCCACUGAAAAACUCAAGUAAAGUCAAUGUUCAAGGCAGCAGUGAAAAGAAGGUUACGAUCAAGGACGGUCCUUUCAAUAAUACAUCACUUCGGAUUGCAACCAAUGAAGAAACAAUUAGUGAGACAACGUCAACUGAAUUUGGACUCCACACGUUUUUAACAAAGAAGGUUGUGCAACAUGAAUCAGCUACUUCUUUGAAUAGAAAAGAAAAUGAGACUUCCGGGAUACACUCUUCGCCUAUUAGUUUUAAUCCAAAGUCGACCAGUUCUCCCAUUAAUGAAAAUUUGUUUGUGCGGAGUACUUCUGCAAGCAAAAAAGGUCGAGGGCCAUCUUCAGAGAUUUCUCCAAUUCGUCAUCUGGAAAUAAGUCAACACAAUGCUGGUCUCGCAAAGAAUGAAAGGGAGAUUACACAACAUGGCCCUCAUUUGCAAACUGGUGCCAUCUCUUCAAUUCCGGCUUAUCAGAAUAAUCCGGCUUCCGAAAAGCCAAUCUCCAAAUCAGCAGUGAUGGCCGAGGUAAAGCCACGGUUAGCCACUUUUCAAACAUUUUGGCAUAGCGCAGUGGGGACGCCGAUUGUGCAAGGUGCCGAUCCCAACGAAUCUACUAAACCGAUUGUUGCUCCUACAGCCAACAUAAAAAAUCUGCGUUCUCGAUGGGAGUUUUCUUCCACAACCGGUGCACCGCUCCAUCCAGAUGCCACUGAAGACGAUCUUUUGAAGACGGCGCGACACAUGGCUGAAACUGCAAUCCCUGCAAUCCCAAUCAAGAAAACUGUGAAAAAGUUGCCUUUUCUCAACACAACGACUUAUCAAUCUACGCGGAAGAGCAUUGACGAAAUUCGGGACACGACAAAUAAGAUGCCCUGCAAUAAUGACAGUGAGGAAGAUGAGGAGGAAAAUCAAGAGCCAACUCUCGAGCAAGAGCAUAUUGGGCCAAAGCGAGAUGGGGAGGUGAUUGAGGGCGACUUUGAUGAUUUCGACUUUCAACAUGAUACCAAUGAGAAUAUGGAUGGAAUUAAAGCAAUUGAUGCGGCUUUCGAAUUCAUCAACAGCCCACAAAAGCGUUCGCGCGUUUCAUUGGUCCAAGAUGACCAAGAGAUCCCAACUCAAGCAACCAGUUUGGCUCCUUUAGCCGCGCACGAGACGAGCGCUAAUGAAUCGCCUGAGAAGACUAUCUUUACUCAGCCCUACACACCGACAUUCGCCUCAGCAAAUUCGCCGCAGCCGUCGCAGCCACUUAACUGCAACACAACGCACUCUUCGGACAGCGAUCCUACUUUGGCUUAUUCGGUCUCUUUUUAUCGCAAACAACGAUCGGCAAAAGAUGACAAAAUUGACAAAAUUGUUUUCGCAGGAGUUCAAACCCCUGCCGCACAACAAAAAGUUAUUCAAGCCGAGUCACAUCAUGACAGAGAGAAACGAGUGGAUGCUGCGGCUCACAUUCAGCAAGCAAUUGGCAUCGAAGAGGAACGUGUCGCUCAAGCUUCCCGGGCUUUAAUGUACUGUCGCCAAUCGGGAAAAUUCUCAGGAAGUCGUGAGGAGGACUUCUUGAAGGGCUUAAUCAGUCAUUUUCGAGAUAUCGAUAUCCUCUACUAUUUCAUAAUCCUUAUUAAAUGCGAGACCACUUUGCUUCAUACAGCGUUGAUUUCAAACGAAGAUGGCAUUAAUGACAAUGGUUCAAUCGAAUUCAAAAACCAUCUACAAAUCGAAAACAUUCAACCGGACUUUAACUGCACCUUUGAAGUGUAUGCUUUGCGAUCAAAAAAAGAAGAUAUCUCGCAUGAAGAGAAAUAUCGUAUCAAAGGAGGAACGUUGAAGACUAUCCAAUCUGGCUUCACCACGAAAACACAGAAAACUCCGUCGCACAACAACCCAAUCCUUGAUUCAGGCUUUCAAUUGGUUGGCCGACUCAAUCUUCACAUGAAAGGAACGGAUCGACACAAGUUCCAUUUGAUCGAACCACAACACCCUCUAUCGGGAGAACUACAAAUGAAAAUUCAAAAGUUCGCCACUGGUAAAGCCGGAGUUUCUCAUCGUGGAUUCCUUUCACUCUAUCAAAAAACACAAGGAUUGGCUUCUUGGACUCGAUAUUGGUGCGCUCUUGAGAAGGGUGAAAUGAAGUUUUGGCGUAGUCCCGAAGAUGAAAACACGAAGAGUUGGGCUGUGUCAAUCGUUUUAUCAACUUGUACGAAAGACGGAGCCAUCGUCGAGCCACAUGGAAAUUUCCCCCAUUCUUUCCACAUCGAUGUUUGGGUACCAAAGGAAGGCACAAAUCGAGAAAUGGAAAAGCUGCGAGUCUUGAUGGCUGCUGAUCACAAAGAAAUGCUUGUUGAAUGGAUUAAUGUGCUCAAUAAGACGAUUCGACAUUUGUUGGUUUGGAAUACCUCAAUU